UACGAUUUGUGCUAAGAUACAGUCAGCAUCUGGCUGCCCCUGGAGCCGCAUUACCAUGGCGGGGGAGAUGACAAUUCUGGGUUCAGCUGUCCUAACUCUUCUUUUGGCUGGCUAUUGGGCACAGCAGUAUUUGCCUCUGCCUACUCCUAAAGUGAUAGGCAUUGACCUUGGUACCACCUACUGUUCAGUUGGUGCAUUUCUUCCUGGCACAGGAAAGGUGAAGGUCAUUCCAGAUGAAAGUGGUCAUAAUAGCAUACCUAGCAUGGUAUCUUUUACUGAAACUGAUGUUCACGUAGGAUAUGAUGGAUUGGAGCUGGCAGAUUCAAAUCCACAGAACACAAUAUAUGAUGCCAAACGAUUCAUAGGAAAGAUUUUCACCCAGGAAGAGCUGGAGACAGAAAGUAGUAGAUAUCCAUUUAAGGUCUUAAACAACAAUGGAACAGCCGAAUUUUCUGUGACAAGCAAUGGAACCAUCACUGUUUCUCCAGAAUAUAUUGGCACCCAACUGCUCUUGAAGCUGAAGAAAAUGGCAGAGGACUACUUUGGGAUGCCAGUGUCCAAUGCUGUUAUUUCUGUGCCAGCAGAAUUUGAUCUAAGGCAGAGAAAUUGUACUAUUCAGGCUGCUAAUCUUGCAGGCCUAAAAAUCUUAAGAGUAAUUAAUGAACCCACAGCAGCAGCUAUGGCUUAUGGACUUCACAAGGUGGAUGUUUUUAAUGUCUUGGUGGUAGAUUUGGGUGGAGGAACACUAGAUGUUUCCUUACUCAACAAACAAGGAGGAAUGUUUUUAACCAGAGCCAUGGCAGGAAACAAUAAACUUGGAGGUCAGGACUUCAAUCAGAGAUUGCUUCAGUACUUAUACAAGGAGAUCUAUCAAACUUAUGGGUCCUUGCCUUCCAGAAAAGAGGAGAUUCAUCGAUUAAGACAGGCUGUAGAAAUGGUCAAGUUAAAUCUGACUCUUCAUCAUUCUGCCAAGAUUUCAGUGUCACUUACUGUAGGGGAAACAAAAGACUUAGAGAAUACUGCACAAAACAAGGAACAUGAGAGUAAACCUUCAGAGGACAAACUGUUCCUAGAAAAUGCCCAUCAUAAGAAUAUUAUGUUCAGAGUUAACUCUCCUGAAACAGAUGGAAAACUAAGGCAGGUUCUUUUUGAAACAGAAAUCUCAAGGAAACUAUUUGAUACACUGAAUGAGGAUCUCUUUCAGAAAAUUCUUAUACCAAUUCAGCAGGUGCUGAAAGAAGGGAAUCUACAGAAGACUGAGAUUGAUGAAGUGGUUUUGGUAGGGGGUUCUACACGUAUUCCCCGAAUACGCCAGCUGAUUCAAGAGUUCUUUGGAAAGAGUCCCAACACAUCUGUAGACCCCGACCUAGCUGUUGUAAUGGGAGUGGCUAUUCAAGCAGGUAUUGAUGGUGGAUCUUGGCCUCUUCAAGUCAGUGCUAUAGAAAUUCCCAAUAGACAUUUAAGAAAGACCAACUUCAAUUGAAUUAAUCCUUCUCACCUAGUGACCAUUUUCUCUUUAUUAUACCUCUUUAAUACAACAAAGGGUAAAAGUAAGGCUAGGAUACUUUAAUGAAGGUACUUCUCAAACUUACCUGGAAAUGGCAACAUCUAGAUGUUGGCAAAUUUGAUGUAGCACUUAAUUUAUUAAGAUUAGCUACAUCCCCAGGCUCCUUCCUGUCCUCUAUACUCAUUCUUACUUGCUUUUGAAUGGAUCAUUUUCCAAAGGAAAGAACUGCUCAAAAGUGAUGUAAUUUAAAUGGAUUCUCAUAUUUGGGUCAUCUAAAAUAUAGGCUGUAUAGGAUAGAAAGGAUCAUAUGCAUUAUUUAUAAUUGUGCUUUGUAAAAAUAGAGUAGUGCCAUUUGUAAGAUGCUGAGUUUUCUACUAAAUUUUAUUAGUGGAAGUUGUCAGAUUGUUUACUUAGUAAACUGAGUAAACUACUGUCACAAGUACUUUGAAAUAUCUGUCCUGGAAGUGUUGCUAUAACACCUGGCUCCAGCCCCAGGUAUUUAUAGUGAAUAGCAGAUAAAACAUAGCAGUAUUAAUACAGACAGCAUCUACAAUGCUCAUCAUCAUCUUUACCCAAACAGUUCUUGUUAAAUUGAUGAAAAAUUGACCUUCAAAAGUCAGAGUGUCUUAUAAAUGCUUAUUGAUAUGUUUUGUUUUAAAGAACUGAUGGAAAAAAUGCCAAAGAUGAAUUAAAUUAUGGGAGAAAUUGUCCUUUCUUGUACUUUUGAAACUGUAAACUUUUAGGUCUUAAAACUUCAAAUACUCAAAAAGUUUCCUAAUGUUCAAAUCUCCAUACUGUUUAGAUUUUUAAUCCAAAAGUAAAUAACUCAAAAUUAUAUAAAAUAUUUGGAUUAGUUUUAAUAAAACAUUUUAUAAUUUUGGACAUACAAAAAACUGAUUUUUCCCAUAAUUUGAAAAUGUCUUAGAAAAAGAAAAUAGCAACCUGGGUCCUUUAGGCAAUGACUUUGCAUUCUUCAUUACAUUUGAACCUUUAAUAAAAUUAAAUGAAGUCUAUAUUCACACACACACACACACAACACACACACACACACACAUGUGUACAGCCUUAUUAAUGAGUAAGGAAUGUAAUUUUUUAUUUUUUAUUAAACUCUCAAAAAGUGUUUAAUUAGAUCUACAAUGGAAAUAUGAACAGUAGAAAUAAUAUUCUUCGCAUUCCUCAAAUUAAUAUCCAUUCUUCCAUUUUCUACCUCUCAACCUAAUGUAGACUAGGAAAGGAAAUUGUGCCCUGCAGGUUCCCUCAAACAAAUUGGGGAAACAAGACAGAGUUUUGUAGGCACUGAGCACUGGCUAUUCAUAGCUCUCUCAGUUGUUGAAUGUGGUUUAAAUGAGGAAAAACAGGACACACAUCUUGUAUGGGAUAAUUUAUAUGUAAAUGUUUUCCUCCUUUUAAGAACAUAAUACAUUUUGGAUGUGUAUAUAUAGCUCAUGGUUUCUAGUAUACUAUAUUUUUUUUAGCAAGGUCCUUACAUAGUUACAGAAAGGGAAUGAAUAAUUUAUUUUUUAUCAGAGGGAAGUCUAGGUACUGUAUUUUGGCUCAGACCACUGAAUGAGCAACAGAUUUUGAGUUUAACAAAUUGCACAUAACAGAUAUGCAGAUUUGUUUACGUGUACAAAUGAUUGAUAUGUCUCAGUGAAGUAAAUCUUUCAGUUUCUUUUUAAAAUUGUGCACUUUAUUCUCCAUUUUGUACCGGUUAGCUAGACUGCUAUUUGGAAAUCUGGUACAGAUUUUGUGCAACGCAUAGAAAAUGGGAAUAGUAGCUUUUGGGAAUGAAGUUGAAGCAACACAUGUAGCCAUUGGUAAAGGCAGGAAGUGUCAGUUCCCAAUAUAUAGAAUUCUGAUAAGCCUUAGUGCUUAUCCUCAAGCCUUUCUUCACAUUCUCAAACUGACAGCAUUGAGAUUAUGACAGUCUGGAUAAAAAGCAAAUGACCUCAAAAUAUAAAAAUGUUGCCAAUAACCAAACUAAGCAAUUCCUAUUGAUAUGAUAUAAUCCAAAAAUAAUGUAGUACUAAAAAGUAGAGCAAGAGUGAAAACUUUAAUUUUUAAAUAAAGUACUGUAUUAAUAUUUGGAACAAUUCAGUUAAAUUGUCAUUCUUAAUAAAUUUUAUUAAUGUACCCUUUUAAAAAUGAGCACUUUGCAAUAAAAAUUACAAAUUAUUUUCUAUAAUACAAUUUGUUUCUGAGUGUCUCUGUUUUCUUCUUAGUUGAUUUACUAACCUUGCAAAUUAGGAAUACUUAUGGCUUUAGGAUACUACAAUCUAAGUAAGAGUUUGUAACUUUGAGUUCCCUAUCAUUUAACCUUAUUUAGCAUAACGAUGCCUUGUGUUCUCUCUUGUGAUACCCAUCUUUAUGAUGAGGUCCUUUCUAAACAUCUUGGAAAGGGCUACCUAGCAGUUAUUGGCUUUUAAAUAAAAUUUCUAUUUGUAUCUUUUGGGUUGUUUUUUCUUUAUAUCACUGGAUCUCUGGAACAUCUCUCCCUCUGCCACCUUCCAGAGAACCAUCCUAUAUAAGCAAAUAUUUUAUUAAAAAAUAGGUAAAAAUAGGAAGAUAAG